AUGUCCUCCGCGCCCCUCUACAUCGCCAUAACCCACGGCGACGGUACCUUCAAGCACUGGAGUCUCUUCAUUGACGAAGAAACACACAAAACCGUUCUCCAAGUGAAAGGCUCGAAUGGUCAAUUCCGAUACGAGCCCGAAACAAAAGAUGCACGACAAUAUCCAGACCUAAUUCAACUGGUGUAUAUCUGUAACGUGGACAUUACGAAAGUGGAUUCUAUUAAAAUGAUCGCUGGGGCGAGUUGA